UUCGCGGGGCGGGACCCUGAGGCGCGGGCGUUGGGGAGGGCGACGUUGGGCGGCGGUCGCCGGAGCUGGCCGGCCCGCUCGCCCUGGGUGCCGCAGGCCGCCGCGGAGGAGGCUCCGGGCGCCGGCCCCGGCCCUGCCCGCCCUGCCGGCCUCCGCGGGUUGAGGUGCGAAGAGCGACAUGACGCUCCAGUGGGUGGCAGUUGCAACCUUUCUGUACGCUGAAAUAGGACUCAUUCUCAUCUUCUGUCUGCCUUUUAUUCCUCCCCAGAGAUGGCAGAAGAUUUUUUCAUUUAAUGUGUGGGGUAAAAUUGCAACUUUCUGGAACAAGGCUUUCCUUACUAUUAUAGUCCUAUUAAUUGUUCUGUUUCUAGAUGCUGUGAGAGAAGUAAGGAAAUAUGCCUCUACUCCUGCCAUUGAAAAAAACUCAGCCAGCAGACCUAGUGCCUAUGAACACAUACACAUGAAACUUUUUAGGUCUCAAAGAAAUCUUUACAUUUCUGGCUUUUCAUUAUUUUUUUGGCUAGUGUUGAGACGUCUGGUUACCCUUAUUACUCAGCUGGCAAAAGAAUUGUCAAACAAAGGAGUACUUAAAAGUCAAGCAGAAAAUACUAACGAGGCUGCCAGAAAAUUCAUGCAAGAGAAUGAAAAACUAAAACGGGUCUUGAAAAGGUAUGGCAAGGAAGAGGAGCACAUUUUGGAAGCAGAAAAUAAAAAACUACUAGAAGACCAGGAAAAACUGAAAACUGAACUGAAGAAGACUUCAGAUGGUAACUCCCUUUCUAAGGCACAAAAUGACGUGAUGACAUUGAAGAUGCAAUCAGAGAGACUUUCAAAAGAAUACGACCGACUCCUGAAAGAACACUCAAAGCUUCAGGAUCGUUCAGGAAAAGACAAGAAAGGCCUGUGAACUUUAUCAAAGAAGAUUGUGAUACGCCGUGUCAAGAUGAUAAAUUUGUUAUCAUGUUAGCCUCUAGAAAACUUAAAUUUAAAAUUCAGUUCAGAAAAAUGUACUGUCUAUGACUGACCAAUAAUUUUUUAAUGUCACAUAUGGCUGUAUCAUAACGGCAUUAUCACAAUAUUUGAUGGUGUUUCAGAUAUACUGUAAAGUCUAUAUUCCAGCUCUUAAGAAAAAUAUAAGCAUGGUAAAAACCUUUAGUAACAGCAAAUUUAUUACCAAUAAAAGGAAAAUUUCGUUAGCCAGUUACUUCCAAAAUUAGAUUUUUAAGUUGCAUGAAACCAUUAAUAUCCUUAAAAUCUUUGAUGAGUUUCCAGUAAUAAUUAUAUUCUAUUUAAUCAGAUGAUGAUGAUGAUGUAUUUGAACAUAGUAUUCAAUGUGAGCAAAUUUAUUCAUAGGGAAAUUAAAUAAGUAUAAACAUUCAGAAUUAGCCACUAUAUUUAUAAGGAAGAGACAGAAAGAGCAAACAAAACAAUGACCUUAGUUGUUUUUUUUAAGCCUCAUGAUGCUGUGGUUUACUCUCUUAAGACAGCUAUGUUGAUAAUUAUAUUUUUGUUACUGUGCUUCUGCACCUGUUGUAUGGAUUUUGUUGACAUUUGUGUUAAUGAUGCAUAAUUAGUAAGUUUUCUACCUUGUCCAGUUCAUCUAGUAGCGGAGUUUACAUCUAUUUGCAUAGCUGCCAUAGCACUGAACUGAAGCUAUGUUACAGCAACGUGGAAUUCUUGACUUAGAGAGUUCGUGUGUUACAUAUCCAAACAGCGGUGUUUCCCCUUGCUGGGAACGCACACUUAGACAGAUAGUACCUCAAAUACGCAUACACUGGUGUCACAGUUUCUCUCAGAUGUUUCUGUAUUCUAAAAGCUAAAGUAUUAAAUACUAUUUUUCCACUCAAAUAUUCAUUUAGACUUUCCUUUGGAAGAUGAUAAUGAUUGUAAUAUCAAUGUGAUUCAGGUUGUUCCAGUGUCUAGAUGAAAAUCAUCUUCCUUGUCUCGUAAAAACCUAAAUAUAAAAGAGAAUAGAAAAUAAUUACUGGAGUUUUUCCUUUCCUGAUACUUGUUUCAUCCUUUGUUUAUUAUCAUUUUAGCACCAACCUCAUGCAUAUUUGAUUUCUUUCAUUGUAAAGUGGAUGAAAUGAGCAAGUACAUAGGAAUUUUAUUUCAGAUAAAAAUCGGGAGUUACUGCUAGAAAACAGACAUGUAGGAGACAUUUAAGAGGAGUGAGAACUGGGAGUGAUACCAUAUGGGCUGACGAGGCCGUAAAUAACAAGGAAGGGAGUGCUGAACGAGGAGAGAACUAUACAAACGACGGCACAGAGUCUCAGAAAACCCAGAGCGAGCGCCGUGUGGGCCUGGAGAUCCUGAGCAUCUGUGACCCCCGCCUGCUGUACAGAAAUCAGGCCUAACGACAGAAUCACACGCAGAAGAGCGGAAAAGACACAGCUCUACAACUCACAAAACUGAAAUCGAAUCCCUGCUUCACUGUUAAUUUAGCCAGGUGAUUUUAACAAACUGUUCAAACUGCUAGACUUCCAUUUCCUCAUCUCCAAGAUGGGCAUAAUAACAUUUAAGUCAGGAUUCCUACAUAAACUAAGAUAACGUGGUGAACCUCAGAGGUGUGCAGAGGGCUUGGCAGGGGAAGGGCUGGGUGCUCUUUGAGGGGCAUGAGGGUUUGGAAGACUCCCAGAAAGCACUUUAAAGUGUACAUUUAAGUAGUCUUAGAGCACAGCCUCUCCAUUUUACAGAUCUGCAAGCUGAGACCUCAAAAGUUUGUGCAGUUUUCCCAAGAUAGCAUGGAGAGUUAGAUGCAAGGCCAGGAUUUGGGUCUAGAAUCCAGGGAUCCUGGUUGCCCAGCAUAUUACACUAGUAUAUACACACAGUAGCUAUAAUUUGCUAAACAGGUUAUUGCCGUGUGCUAGGCAGGCUUGGAACCAAGGAGUUGAGCACCGUCCCAAACUGCCUCUCCAGGCGGGCUUGUUAGUUCUUAUUACUCUCUUGCUGAUGAUGGUGUUGAGCAAAUCCUCUUAUAAAUAAACAUGUAUUCCAUGGA